CAGAGCCCGAGCCGAGCCUCAGCGAGGGAGCGAGCGGGCGGGCGGGCCAGGCGCGGAGCGGCGGCAGACAGCAGCCGGCAGCCAGAGCUCAGCGGCAGCCACUUCGGGCCUCCCAGCCAGCCCCGCGGCGGGGCAGCCGCAGGAGCCCUGGCUGUGGCCAGGGGGCAGUGGGCCAUGCCGGGGGCAGUGGACGGCCCCAGCUGGAAGCAGGUGGAGGACAUUAGGGACAUUUACGACUUCCGUGAUGUUCUGGGAACGGGGGCCUUCUCAGAGGUAAUCCUGGCAGAAGAUAAAAGAACUCACAAGCUGGUGGCCAUCAAAUGCAUCGCCAAGAAGGCUCUGGAGGGCAAGGAGGGCAGCAUGGAGAACGAGAUCGCUGUCCUGCACAAGAUCAAGCACCCCAACAUUGUAGCCCUGGAUGACAUCUAUGAGAGUGGGGGCCACCUCUACCUCAUCAUGCAGCUGGUGUCCGGUGGAGAACUGUUUGACCGCAUUGUGGAGAAAGGCUUCUACACGGAGCGGGAUGCCAGCCGCCUCAUCUUCCAGGUGCUGGACGCCGUCAAGUACCUGCACGACCUGGGCAUCGUACACCGAGAUCUCAAGGUGGUGCUUGGAGAAGCAGAAGGUUCUGCCAGCCUCUGGCCAUCUCUACCUCUUCCUUCCCCUCCACCUUCCAAGCCAGAGAAUCUGCUGUACUACAGCCUGGAUGAAGACUCCAAGAUCAUGAUUUCUGACUUUGGCCUCUCCAAGAUGGAGGACCCUGGCAGUGUGCUCUCCACAGCUUGCGGGACCCCAGGAUAUGUGGCUCCUGAGGUCCUGGCCCAGAAGCCCUACAGCAAGGCAGUGGAUUGCUGGUCCAUUGGGGUCAUUGCCUACAUUCUGCUCUGCGGUUAUCCCCCCUUCUAUGACGAGAAUGAUGCCAAACUCUUUGAACAGAUUUUGAAGGCCGAGUACGAAUUUGACUCUCCUUACUGGGACGACAUCUCUGACUCUGCCAAAGACUUCAUCCGGCACUUGAUGGAGAAGGAUCCAGAAAAGAGGUUCACCUGUGAGCAGGCCUUGCAGCACCCGUGGAUUGCAGGAGAUACGGCUCUAGAUAAGAAUAUUCACCAGUCGGUGAGCGAACAGAUCAAGAAGAACUUUGCCAAGAGCAAGUGGAAGCAAGCCUUCAAUGCCACGGCCGUGGUGCGGCAUAUGAGAAAGCUACAGCUGGGCACCAGCCAGGAGGGGCAGGGACCAACGGCGAGCCAUGGGGAGCUGCUGACACCAGCAGCUGGGGGUGAGGACCAGUGCUCUGUGGAAGGGCAUGGGUGGGAAGAGACAUACAGGCUGGAGUGGAGGGUCUGCUCCUACGACCAAUCUUGUUCUCUCUCCCCAUGUAGGGCCAGCGUCUGGCUGCUGCUGUCGAGAUGGCUGUGUGGAGCCGGGCUCAGAAAUGUCCCCUACUCUGCCCCCCCAGCUCUAGGGCCCCAGAUCCGGGGUCCAGAUCCUUUGUGUGGGAGGGGUUGGGGCAGCCUGCUCCCCUUCCCUCCCUGAAUUGGAGUUACCCAGCCUCACUGCCUUCCCACCCCUUUCCCUAUCACUCUUCCACUGCAUUUUCCAUACAAAUGUUUCUAUUUUAUUGUUCUUUCUUGUAAUAAAGGGAAGAGAUAAAAACAUA